UUGCACCUCAUUCAGAGAAAAUUUUGGCACCCUUUUUAUCCAAAUAUACUUAAGAUCCCACAGCUGAACUUCUUAAUGAAAUUUCCUCUCACAGUUAAAAAUAAAAAUUAAAAAAACACUGAAUAUGAAUGUGGAAGAAAGGCGAUUUGAUGUUUGUAAUUAUCGAGGUAAACUCCACGACCUUCUGAAUGUAUGCAAAAUGGACCCUGUAUGGUGUAUAUAAAAUCACUGUGUGUGCGGAGAACGAGUGCAAGUAUUAGACUUCUUUCUGGUUAAGCAAGUCAUCAUACAGGAUCCUUACCAUGAGUAACAAGGGGGCUUCGCUGAAAGGUUUGUUAUUGGUUGUCCUUCUGGUGUCCAACAUGCUCCUGACAAAAGAAGGAGUGACGUCCUUGCCAGUCUGCCCCAAUGGAUCUGCCAAUUGCCAAGUUUCCCUUGAAGAACUUUUUGAUCGAGCAGUUAAACUUUCACACUACAUCCACUUCCUCUCUUCAGAAAUAUUCAAUGAAUUUGAUGAACGCUAUGCUCAGGGCCGGGGUUUUAUUACAAAAGCUGUUAAUGGCUGCCACACUUCCUCCUUAACCACUCCUGAAGAUAAGGAGCAAGCUCAGCAGAUUCAUCAUGAAGACCUACUGAAUUUAGUACUGGGAGUGCUGCGCUCCUGGAACGAUCCCCUGAUCCAUCUGGCCUCUGAAGUACAAAGAAUCAAAGAAGCUCCAGACACGAUCCUCUGGAAGGCUGUAGAGAUUGAAGAACAAAACAAGCGGCUUCUAGAAGGAAUGGAAAGAAUAGUUGGGCGGGUUCAUACUGGUGAGAUUGGAAAUGAAGUUUACUCUCGGUGGGAAGGCCUUCCAUCCCUGCAACUCCCUGAUGAGGACUCCAGACUCUUUGCCUUUUACAACCUGCUGCAUUGCCUCCGCCGAGACUCUCACAAAAUUGACAACUAUCUCAAGCUUCUGAAGUGCCGCCUAAUCCACGAUAGCAAUUGUUAAUCUUAGUUGCUUACUGAAAUAACGUGUCAUGGUGUUCUUGUUGCUUUGCCACUUUUCAUUGCAAACUCUAUGAAAAGUCACACUGUACAGUACCAGGAUCAUCAGUAACUUUCAGGCAUGUUUGUGUGAAUUCUGGCUGCAACUAUUAGCACCAUUUAUCUCAGUGUUUUGAAAUGUUAUAAAUUACUAGUAUGACAAGAAUACACUUUUUUGUCUGAUCUCCUCACCUAGUAGCCUUUCAGUGAUAACCAGAUCAUGCAGUUAUAAAUAAAAAUAUUAUUAAAUCCAAAAGUGCAUAACA